AGAGCUUUAGAGGGAGGCUCUAGCUGAAUCUUCUUCCAAAUAAAUCACACAGAAUAGAACCCUAAAUUUCCCAAAUCUCAGCGUCUCUGUAAUUAAGGUUUCCAGAGACAAUUUCUCAACAACCAAGGUUUAGCGAGAUAUGUUAUUCCAAGCCAAUCAUGUAGACAAGAGGAAAUCUCAUGUGAGUUGGGUUUGGAAAGAUAUGCCGAAGAGAAGUAUUCCCGAGGUUGCUUUUCGAUUAAGAUUGCUGCCAAAUAAGAUAUCAUAUCAUAUGGCUGGUGCUGGUCACAAGAGUGAGCUUGAAUGGGUAGAGAGAGUGAAAUCAGAGGGAGCUGUUCCACUUCUUGAGCCAGAUAACUGUCUGAAUGGUUGGGCUUCCCCACCUGGAGAUAAGUUCAUGGUCAGAGGUCCACAGUACUUGUCAACCAGGGUUAAAAUUCCUGGUGGCGAAUAUCUUCUAAAGCCUAUUGGCUUUGAUUGGAUUAAAAGUUCAACAAAGAUUGGGGAGAUCAUGAACAAUCCAAACAGCCGAGUUAGGAAAGUUAUUGAGGAGGAGUAUCCAAAAGGAAAUAAGCCUUUUGUUUGGGCUUUCAAUUUACAGGUCCCGAGCAAGGAAAAUUACAGUGCCGUGGCAUAUUUUGCUGCAACAGACUCUAUUCCAGAGGGGUCUUUGAUGGACCAAUUCUUGAAGGGUGAUGAUGGAUUUAGGAAUUCAAGGCUUAAAUUGAUAGCUAACAUUGUCAAGGGCCCUUGGAUUGUGAGAAAAGCAGUUGGGGAGCAGGCCAUAUGUGUAAUUGGGCGUACUCUUUCCUGUAAGUACUGUUUAGCAGACAAUUUCUUUGAAGUUGAUGUGGAUAUUGGAUCCUCCAUGGUUGCGAGUGCCAUAGUUCAUCUGGCAUUUGGUUACAUCACCACACUUACAGUCGACCUGGCCUUUGUCAUUGAAAGCCAAACACAAUCAGAGCUUCCAGAAAGAAUAUUAGGUGCUGUAAGAUUCUCCGAGCUGAACCCCGCUUCGGCUCAGGCAAUUGAACCAUCAUCUGCUGGAACUGCUGCUAGUUUGCAGUCUUCUCUGUCUACACGAUUUUGGAAGUCAAUUGGCCAGGGUUUUACUCACAUUCUUCAUCCUGGUGCUCAAGAAAGUAGCUCCCGCUCUGGCUCAGUACAUGGUAAUGGCACUGUUGAUCAUGAAGACAGUAUCAAAGAAGACAGUAUCAAAGACAUAAAGAACUGAUAAACCAGGUGAAAGUCAUAACCUCGUAUGCUUUGCAGUUGAAGCUUAAUUUCUUACAAAAUUUGUGUUCCUGGUCCUAUUAUUCACAGCAUCAAUUGCUCCACUCCUAGCCAUGCCAUCUGUAUCUCUUAAAGGCGAGUCAUUGAGGCGUCUUAUUCAUUAGCAGGAUUUUAGAUUUAUUGGGUUAAGUUAAAUGCUAUAGCAAUUGUUUUUUUUUCUUUGUUCAGGAUAGUAAUUACCUCUUUUGUUGUUUAAGGAUAGUAAUUGCUGUCUGUUUAUAGUUAAGAAAGUACAUAUGAAGGGCAGUAGGAUGUUCUUUUGUAAUGAACCAUAUUCUUAUUAGUAAACUCUAUUGAUUUUUAUCCAUUAAAUUUGCCUUGAGAA